AUGUUUUUUGAAUCCCCUACUGCUCUCAAAACCUCGCAAAUUCAUGCACUUAAGCAACGUGUUCGGCACCGUAGCAGUGGAGACGGAAAGUCAAUGUAUUUUGGCAAAUACGUGUCGCAGGAAGGGUCCGAAAAGCUUCGUACCUACGAAUAUCACGGCGCGGACAAUUCCCUCGUGUACAAACACGUGCUGAUGCCCAUGAACAAUUUCCUUAUCAAUCUGCUGCCGCUGUGGCUGGCUCCAAACCUUAUCACUCUCAUUGGGUUGAUAAUUGUUGGCGUCACACACAUGUUGUUUGCGUCUCUGUGUCCUAUGCUGGAAGGUGACGCCCCGUGGUGGGCCAUGGUGGCGGCUGCUGCUGCACUUUUCGCGUACCAGACGCUGGACAAUUUGGAUGGCAAACAGGCGCGACGCACCAAUUCGUCUUCACCGCUGGGACUGCUGUUUGAUCACGGAUGCGAUGCAUUGAAUGUGUCGGUGGGUACAAUGACGAUGGCUAGUAUUCUGCAGAUGGGGGCAACGUGGAAGACUUUGGGUUUUGUACUGAGCGGUCACUUUGUCUUUAUUUUUGCAACGUGGGAAGAGUAUUAUUCGGGGACGCUGGAGCUUCCGAUCGUAAACGGACCGACGGAAGGCAUUCUCAUUGGCAUCGCACUGAAGCUGUUCACAUCGUUCGUUGGCGUCGACUUUUGGAACCAGGAGCUGGUUGACGGCGUGCAGAAUAACUCUCUGUUUGUGAUUGUGGCGAUGAUCACCUCGUUCUUUACUCUUUUGGUCAAUAUGAGAAACGCGCUUCAUGCUGUGCGCCUUAACCAAGACUCGGUUCUUGUCGCUUUUACGCGACUUUUGCCGUUUGUCGUUCUCAACACUUUAGCUGGAUUGUGGGCUCUGUACUCUCCUUCGGACAUUUUCUCAACGCACCCGCGUAUGUUUCUAUGGAUGCUGGGACUGUUGAACAGCAAGCUGGUGUUGCACUUGAUGCUGGCUCACUUGUGCGGAGAAGAGUAUCAUCCCUACCGCAAGACGCUAGUACCACUCUUCUAUGUUGCUGCACACUGCGCGUUUUGUAUGUUAGAAGGCAUCUACGAUGCUAUCAACGAAGAACUCAUCAUGCGUGAAUUUUUCUUCCUCUCCCUUGCUGCUUACGUGCACGUCGCCAUCAGCGUGGUGUGGGAGGUUAAGAACGUACUGGGCGUUUCGGUUUUUACGAUCCCAGACAACCCGAAGUUCAAGCUCAGUAGCCAGCCAGCAUCCAAAUCAUCGUAA